AUGUCUGACAUUGAAGAAUCCCAAUUUUCAGAGUACGAGGAUGAGGAGCUUCAAGAAAUUAUUCUUGGUCAACACAAUAACGAGAGUAACUUGGGGAACAGUAGCGCUUCCAAAGACCAAAACAAAAGACCAAGAUGUGGCAAUGAAGAGGCUCGGGAUUCACUGUUGCAAAAAGAGCUCGAGAAUGUACGCGGCAUAAACAAAGUCAUAGAAAAUGUUGUAUCCAGUCUUGAAUGCGCAAAGGGAAACAUGGACACUGUAUCGCGAACCGUAAAAUCAGCAUCUUCGCUACUAGAUACAUGGAUCCGAAUCCUUUCUCAGGCGGAACACAAUCAAAGAUUAAUUCUGAAUCCUGGCUGGGAAGGCGCCAGCGCAGAUCUGGCCGCCAUUGAAACUGAAUCUAUCAUGAGAGCUCAAGCCCAAGAGAGAAAAGCGGCUGAAGAGGAAAAACGAUUAGAAGAGGCGAAGAGAAAGGCAGAAGAAGAGGAAAGACAUCGACAAGUAGGUACAUCAACUCGAAGCGUCCGAGGAGCUUGGAGUAAACCAAGGGGUAGCGGUAGGGGCAGUACAGGCAGCUCCGGAAUUCCCUCUGAAAAAUCGGAAAGCAGUGCUCGAGGAUUAUAUAAUGGACGUCUUAGAACUAGUACAACAAGAGGGCCAGGAAGGUCAAGAGGUAGAGCACGAGGCUCCUAUUAA